GGUGAGGAUGGGGGGGUGGGGUGUCAGGUUCCUGAAGUUUACAGAUGGUGCUGAGCCUUCCAGCAUGGGUGCUGGGAACUACCUGAGCCAUCUCCCCAGCCGCCCUUGUGAUAGAAACAUAACCUCCAUUGUAAUAGUUUUGAGAAGUGUAGUCUAGUAAGAGCUCCUGUCUCAUGAACGUAUCACUGUUCCCACUGAAGAAGUGGGAUAAUCAUGAUGGAUAGAGUAGGUGUAAAUGAGAGACUGUUCCUUUCUUGACAUAGCAAGAAGGUCCUUGUAGCUGUUGGAAUCCUGAUGUUGGAACAUGAAGCAAAUAAAGUUCUACUGUUUAUAAAUCAUGCAAACUCAGAUACAUUGUAAUAUCAGUAGAGAACACAUUUAAACAAGAACUUUCAGAUUCUAAAACACUAUCAUUUAAAAUGCUAAACUGCAUAAUACAGUGUAAAUGCAUUUCAUAAAAGGUAGUUUACUAGAAUUAGGAUUGUCUGAGAGAAUUACGAAGAAAUUGAGUUUAUUCACACUAUCUUGGGGGUCUUGGGCAAAGUAAACACAUAAAGGAUGUCCGAACAAAGUAGACAGUGGAGGUUAGUGCAAGGCAGACUGCUAAAGAGUAAUUUGUAACUAUAGGAGGACACUAUGAUGAUCGCCACAUAGUCUAAGCUUAAUAAUGGGGGAAAAAAAUCACAGUUGAGCCAAGUAAAUAAAGACUUUUCCCUUUAAGGGUAUUUAAAAAAAAUUUUUAAGAUUCAUUUUUUAAAAUUUCGUGUUUUGCCUUUAUGUGUUAUCUGUGCACCACGUGCAUGCAGUACCCAGCAGGGGUGUCGGAUCCCCUGCAACCGAGUUACAGACAGUUAUUUGUGAGCCACUAUGUGGGUGCUUGAAAUUGAAUCUGGGUUCUUUGGUUUUUUUUGUUUGUUUGUUUUUCGAGACAGGGUUUCUCUGUGUAGCUUUGCGCCUUUCCUGGAACUCACUUGGUAGCCCAGGCUGGCCUCGAACUCACAGAGAUCCGCCUGGCUCUGCCUCCCAAGUGCUGGGAUUAAAGGCGUGCGCUACCACCGCCCGGCUGAAUCUGGGUUCUUUGGAAGAGCAGUGAGUGCUCUUGAAAAACUGAGUCAUCUCUUCAGCCCCAAGGUUUUUUUUUCCUUUGAGAAAUGAUUUGCUAUGCUGCCCAGGCUGGCCUCAAUUUUGUGUUUGUAAGUGAUAUUCUUGCCCUAGCCUUGAAUAGUUAUGACUAUAGGUUAUCUAUCACACACUAAGCUAAGAGUACCCUCUGUGUGAGGAAGGGGAUACGUAGGAGAUAUCUCAUAGACAAUACAUCAUGGUCUGAACUGCCAGCCUAAUUAUAAACUUCCAGCUUCUAUUUUUAUUUGUUUGAGAUAAGUCUUUCUAUUAUGUAGCUCUGGCUGUCCUGGAACUUGCUGUGUAGGCCAGGUUGGCUUCAAAUUCAGUGUCACCUACCUCUGCCUCCUAAGUGCUGGGAUUAAAAGCAUGCUCUACUACCCCCAGCAUUUAUUUAUUUAUUUUAUUUAUGAGUGCUCUACCUGCAUAUACACCUUUAUGCCAGAAAAGGGCUUCAGAUCUUACUACAGGUGGUUGUGAGCCACAAAGUAGUUGCUGGGAAUUGAACUCAGGCAGGACCUUUGGAAGAGCAGCCAGUGCUCUUAACCUCUGAGCCAUCUCUCCAGCCCCUAUUUUAUUAAAUUAUGUGUCUACAUGUGUCUGUGCACACGUGAACACAGAUGCCCACAGGGUCCAGGAGAGGGCUUGGAUGCCCUGGAGCUCCAGUUAUGGCUGUUUGAGUUGCCUGAUGUGGGUGCUGGGAAUCAAACUUGAGUCUUGCAAGAGCAAUAAGCAUUCUUUAAUUCAUUUUUACUUAUUUAUUUAUUUUUGAGAAAGGGUUUCUAACUAGCUCUGGCUGUCCUGGAACUCAGCAAUUGGUCUGCCUCUCUCCCUCCCUAGAGAUUAAAGGUGUGUGUCACAACAUGCACUCUUAACCACUUGGCCAUCUCUCCAAACCAACUUCCAGCCUCUACACAAACUUAGCAGAGAGCUGGAGGGAUAGCUCAGUGGUUAAUACUUGCUGCUUCUCCAGAAAACCCACAUUUGGUUCCCAGCAUCAAUUAUCAGGUGGUUACAACUUCCUGUAACUUAAACGAAUACACACACACACAGGAAGGUAUGACAUUGCAUGCCUGUAAGGCAAGAGAACUGAGAAUUUGAGAAAAGUGUAGGCUACAUAGUGAGAUCAUAUUUCAAAAGAACAACAAGAAUGUCUGGAGAGAUGGCUCAGAGGUUAAGAGCACUGACUGCUUUCCCAGAGGCCCUGAGUUCAAUUCCCAGCAACCACAUGGUAGCUCACAACCAUCUAUAAUAAGGUCUGAUGCCCUCUCCUGUUGUUCAGGCAAACAUACAGACAGAACACUGUUUACCUAACAAAUUAAAAAAAGAAAAGUUAAAUAAAUUUGAAAAAAAAAAAAAAGGAAAAGAACAAUAAGCUUUAAAUUAGCCUGCAUGGUGCCUGCGUGCUCAGUGACCUUUCCCUGUCUAGUGGAUUCUGUUGUGGCCUGUGGCCUUGGUCUUGCUGAGAUGCUUCAAAGCCUUACUAAGAAUGUCUGGGUCGCCAUGAAACCCUACUAUACCCAGGUUUACCAGGAAAUUUGGAUGGGAAUGGGGUUAAUGACCUUCAUCAUUUAUAAAAUCAGGAGUGCUGAUAAAAGAAGUAAAGCUUUGAAAGACUCCAGUCCUGCACCUGCCCACGGCCAUCAUUAACCGCUCCCCGAGUCCACUCACGAUGAAUUCUGUCGGCUAAACUUAAGCAAGCUGUGUUAGGUGGGAACAUGGAACAUCACUGUGCACUUACCUAAGUACCAUUUACAAUGUGGCAUUAAUAAAUGCAUGUGAGCAGCACGGGGGAAAAAAAAAAGUCCAUGCCUUUAAUCCCAGCACUCAGGAGGCAAAGGCAGGGAGAUCUCUCUGAUCUACAGAGUGAUUUCCAGGUUCAGUCAAAGCCACACAGAGAAACCUUGUCUCAAACUCAAUAUAACAAAAAACAAAAACAAAUAAAUAACCCCCCUCUCCUCAAAGAGCAAGAAAUAAGAGUGAAAUGGUUAGGGUAAAGCUCUAUUCAAGGGGCUGGAGAGAUGGUCCAGCAAUUAAGAGUACUUGUUGCUCUCACAGAGGACCUGAGUUUAGUUCCCAGCACCCCCAUGGUGGCUCACAGCCACCUAUAACCCCAGUUUUGACUUCCCUGGUUACCAAGUAUACACAUGGUUCACAUACACAAAUUCAGGCAAAGCAUCCACACAAAUCUUUUUUAAAAAGUUAUCUAUUCAAGGAAAGAGUGCUAUAGUUUUGCAAGAGGUAAAUCUACCCAGGCCUAGAGGAAGUCUCG